AUGAAUGUUAUUGCUGAUGAUCGUCUUAUUCCAGUAGCUGAAUCACCUGUUUAUCAAUGGAAUGGUGUUGCUUUAACAAAAGCAAAUCGUAUGUUUGCUGCAUUUCCUCGAGCAUUAGGAGAUGUUACAUUAUCUGUUGCUGAAAUAUUAUCUAACAAUACUCUUAAACCAAUUCCUGGUGGAGAUUGGAAUACAUUCAAUCCAACAAAUUCAUCCAACGAUGCAGGAAAUCGUUUUGUUAACAUUAAUGCUGUUUUAACAGAUUCAAAUGAUAAUCUUUGGGUUGUUGAUAGUGGAAUGUAUGGAAAUAAUACAUUUGUAAAUGGUUCAAAACUUGUUAAAAUUAAUCUCCAAAACAAUACAGUUGAAAGAAUUUAUUCAACUUCAGCUUUAAAUGCACCUUCAGGAUUUGCUUUAAAUGACGUUAGAAUUGGUUCUAAUUAUGCAUAUUUAACGGAAUCUGGUUUAGGUUCAGUAGUUAUUAUUAAUUUAGCAAAUGGUGAAGUUCGUCGUGUUCUCUACGAUCAUCCAUCAACUAAAUUUGCUGAUCCCACAGUUGUUCGAAUGGAAAGACGAGUUGUUUUAGAUCAAACAGGUCAACCAAAAAGAAUGCCAAAUAAUAAUCUUGAAUUAUCACCCGAUGAAAAAAUUCUUUAUUACAAACCUUCAUUUUCUUAUAAUUGGUUUCAAAUUUCGACUAAUGAUUUAGUAAAUCAAUCAUUGACUGAAACUCAGCUUGGUGAAAACGUUUCUGUUAGUUGGAAUACGAUGCCUACUGGUGGAACAACAAUGGAUGACAAAGGUUUUAUUUAUUUAAUGGAUUUAGAAAGACGAGCAAUUUGGCAACAAGAUAUGACUAACAAUGGUUCAUGGAAAUUAAUUGUGCAAGAUGAAAGAAUUAUUUGGGGUGAUGCAUCAGAUGUUAGUGCUGAUGGAUAUUUAUAUGUGCCUAUGUCACAAAAUAAUCGAAUUCCUUCCUUUAACAAUGGAAAAAAUCAAGUCGAUAAACCUUUCAAAAUUUAUAAAAUUAAAAUUAAUUCAGCUUCAUCAAUUAUAACAGUUAAUAUUAUUCUUUUUCUGAUAAGCUUUUUUAACAAUUUUUUUCCAUAUUAA